AUAUCUUUCCCGAAGCUGAGGUUCGGAGCCCAAACCUCUUUAGUUUGCACCCGAAUCUCCCUUCCCGCUCUCAGCCAUUGACGAUCUCUCUGUACACACUCUCCGUCUCACUCUGCCCUUCGCUUCCUUACUCCAUUGGAGAAAGGGCAGAGCUUUGAGCCCAAAGACAUCUCUCUCUCUCUCUGUGAAGACUUUGAAUGUACUUCCGACGUGCUGCUGACUAGCUCGUGAACGACAAUGGCAAGCAGGAAUUGGCUAGUUGAUGGAAGGACGAUUGCGAAGAAAGUGAAAAAUCCUACAUGGUCCUCUGCUUCCCAGUCCCCGAGUAGAGACUCGGGAGCGAAUCGCGAAUGCCCGAAUUGUCAUCAUUCGAUCGCAAACAAUCAUGACUGGCCUGGGCUGCCUGCUGGUGUCAAAUUUGAUCCAUCUAAAGCAGAACUCCUCGAGCAUUUGGCAGCAAAAUGUGGUGUUGGAGAUGCAAAGCCCCAUGAAUUGAUUGAUGAGUUCAUCCCGACGCUUAAGGAGGAGAAAGGGAUAUGUUAUACCCAUCCCAAGAAUCUUCCUGGUGUCAAGAAAGAUGGAAGCAGCAUGCAUUUUUUCCACAGGACGGUUAAUGCAUAUUCCACAGGCCAAAGAAAGCGCCGUAAGAUUCAGAAUGGCCAGAAUCUGAUUACCGAGAAUGUCCGUUGGCACAAGACAGGCAAGACUAAACCCAUAAUAGAAAAUGGAGUCCACAAAGGAUGGAAGAAAAUCAUGGUCCUUUACAAAAGCUCAGAGAAGGGAUGCAAGCCCCAUAAAUCCAACUGGGUGAUGCACCAGUACCAUCUCGGGACAGAAGAGGAUGAGAAGGGAGGGGAAUUCGUUGUUUCCAAAAUAUCAUAUCAGCCGGAGAAGCAUAGUGACGUAAACGGUGGAACUUCUGCUGUGGAAGAUCUGAGCACGAGCCCGAAGACCCCAAAACCAAAUGCUCCUCCACUGGUUGUGGCGAAAGCUUCCCCCAUAGACGACGUGGACGAUUCUGUUAUUCCUGUAGGGGAUGACCACGAAUGCAAUGAUUGGUUGGUUGGUGAAUCUCAGGCUUAUGAAGAUCAAGUUCAGGGAUUGGAAGAUCCGUUGUUGUGCAAAGAGAUUCUUGAUCCUCAUCCUCAUCCCAUUAAUCCAGGCCUCGAUCAAAUUGUUUGCAGUACCUCGACAAGGAAGGAUGACGAGUCCACUGGAGCUUAUAAUGCUCCCUGUGGAAUAUCCGACCUUGCGAAUCUAGAAUUUGACAGUCCGCCAGAUUUUCUCCAGAACGAUUCGCCAUUGGGCUCCCAAGAAAGUGUACUCGACUGGUUAGCAGGCCUCAUAUGAAGACCUAACAUAACACGGCCGAAGCCUUUUGUACAUUCCCAAUUUUGUUCAUCCUUGGAGGAUCGAUUUUCUUUGGCAGCAAUGUGAAUCGAUCCUCACGGGACAAGGGGACCUUGCUUUUCUUUACGGUUCAAGUUUUUUCCUUGGAUGUCGGUGUUACAUGAUUAGUAAAGUAAUGGUUCCAAGCCUCGAGGGUUCGAAACGUUCCUCUGUUCGGCAGAAGACAUCAAUAACCAUUCGGGCAUCCCGUGUUGUGACAUUUCAAGUAUGUAAUGGCUAAGAAUUUAAGUGGGUCCAUGUUCUUGAUUAAAUCUUGUUGGACAUUUGUCAACUAUUGUGAUUUAUAGUACAUUACAUGCGAGUGCUCGUAUCUUUUAGUCA